UCUGAACGCUGGUGGAAGGAGUGUCUGUGGGCUCUGCAGAGCUGCACAGACACGAGUCCUGGAUUCUCCCUGUGAGAUUUUGGGCAAGUCCCUGCUCCCCCUGGGCCUCAGUUUUUCCAUUUGUCAAAUGGGUGUGUUGGACUUGUUCCGUGACUGUCAAUGUCUGGUUUGCAGUGAAAUGAGAAAGACUGAGACAAGGUCCUGAGUUUUCCCUAAGGCCAAAUGUUUAACACCUGCCCUUUUUCCAGUGGUAUGCCUAUCUAGUUACUUUUUAGUGGUAUCUUUUCUGGAAUGAUGGUCAUGGUGGUGGUGGCGGUGGUGUUAUUUUUUUUUACUGUCCUACUUGGCAAAAUAAACAGUUAGCAGCCCUAGGUUGGUCCUCACAGUUUAAACUGAAAUCCCGUGUCUAGGUGCUGGGGGUGGAGGAGCUCUGAGGACGUAGGGGCAGAGAAGGCUUCAGGAAUGAGGCAGUGGCUUCGAGCGAGCAGGGUCUCCUCUGCUCCCCACAUUGCACCUGGCUGGGCCCACACCCGCCUGGUGGCCCCGCUGGCCAAGCCCUGUUUGGAUCUCGGUGACUUGUACCUGCUCCCUUUCUGGCUCUGGGUGGUAAUUUCCCCGAUGGCGGGUGGAAUGGGGACGGGGCCUCUGGUGUUGGAGGAGACAGCUGGGCCCUCCCCAGGAGAGCAGGGCUGAGCUGGAGCUCCUGGCCCAGUUCAGGACAGAGCCCCAUCCACACGUCUUUGGCUGGCCUAUGGCCUGGUACGAGCGGGAAUUCCAGGCCCUACCCGUCACGGGAGCAGGUAUGACAGCCAUGUGGUGACACCAGGCCUAGACACUUGGGUGCUCAACUCUACUGGGGCAGGCAGACAGACAGGCAGACGGGCAGACUGGCAGAGGGCCUCCACAGAGCCCACCCCUGCGUGGCUCCCGUCCGCCAUGGCCCAGAAGACCAGGCCGGCAGUGCCCAGGGCCAAGAGGGGGUGGGUGUUCUUUGCCUGUGUCUCCGUGGUGACUGCCAGGCGGUCAGCCAUCGCGCGCCGUGCCACUCUCCGAAGCCCCACACCCUGGCCAGCACCUCUGCCGGCACCGGCACCAGCACCGGCACCAGCCACCGAGAGCUCUACGCAGGAGAUUGGUGAGGAGCUGGUCAACGGGGUCAUCUACUCCAUCUCCCUGCGCAAGGUGCAGGUGCACCAUGGCACCAACAAGGGCCAGCGCUGGCUCGGGUGUGAGAAUGAGUCGGCCCUGAACCUGUAUGAGACCUGCAAGGUGCGGACUGUGAAGGCAGGCACGCUGGAGAAGCUGGUGGAGCGCCUGGUGCCUGCCUUCCAGGGCAGCGACCUCUCCUACGUCACCAUCUUUCUGUGCACCUACCGAGCCUUCACCACCACCCAGCAGGUCCUGGACCUGCUGUUCAAAAGGUACGGUAGAUGUGAUGCCCUCACGGCCUCCUCUAGAUAUGGAUGCAUCCUCCCUUACUCCGACGAGGACGGUGGACCCCAGGACCAACUGAGAAAUGCCAUCUCCUCCAUCCUGGGCACCUGGCUGGACCAGUACUCAGAGGACUUCUGUCAGCCCCCGGACUUUCCCUGCCUCAAGCAACUGGUGGCCUAUGUGCAGCUCAACAUGCCCGGCUCUGACCUGGAGCGCCGUGCCCACCAUCUCCUGGCUCAGUUGGAGCACGCAGAGCUCAUUGAGGCCGAGUUGGAGGCUCUGUCACCAGCUCCAGUGCCAGCUCUGAGACCAACUCCCAAUCUAGAGCCAGCGCCAGCACUAGCUCUAGUGCCUUGUCCAGUGCCAGCUCCAGAGCCAGAGCCAGCACCAGCUCCAGAGCUAGAGCCAGAACCAGCUCCAGAGCCAGAGCCAACGCCAGCUUCAGAGCUAGAGCCAGCUCUAGCGCCAGCUCCAGAGCUAGAGCCAGAGCCAGUACCAGCUCCAGAGCUAGAGCCAGAGCCAGUACCAGCUCCAGAGCUGGAGGCAGCUCUGUCACAAACUCUAGAGCUAGAGCCAACACCAGCACCAGAGCCUUCCUGGCCUUCGUCUGUGGCUGCAGAGAACGGGCUGAGUGAGGAGAAGCCUCACCUCUUGACGUUCCCACCUGACCUGGUAGCGGAGCAGUUUACACUGAUGGACGCGGAGCUGUUCAAGAAGGUGGUGCCCUACCACUGCCUGGGCUCCAUCUGGUCCCAGCGGGACAAGAAGGGCAAGGAGCACCUGGCUCCCACCGUCCGUGCCACCGUCACCCAGUUCAACAAUGUUGCCAACUGCGUCAUCACCACCUGCCUCGGGGACCGGAGUGUGACGGCCCGUGACAGGGCCAGGGUGGUAGAGCACUGGAUUGAGGUGGCCAGGGAGUGCCGAGUCCUCAAGAACUUCUCAUCACUCUACGCCAUCCUCUCUGCUCUGCAGAGCAACUCCAUCCACCGACUGAAGAAGACGUGGGAAGAAGUUUCCAGGGACAGCUUCCGAAUCUUUCAGAAGCUGUCAGAGAUUUUCUCAGACGAGAACAACUACUCACUGAGCAGAGAGCUGCUCAUCAAGGAGGGGACCUCCAAGUUUGCCACGCUGGAGAUGAACCCCAAGAGAGCCCAGAAACGGCCGAAAGAGACGGGUGUCAUCCAGGGCACGGUUCCCUACCUGGGCACGUUCCUCACAGACCUGGUGAUGCUGGACACUGCGAUGAAGGACUAUCUGUAUGGGAGACUGAUCAACUUCGAGAAGAGGAGGAAGGAAUUCGAAGUGAUCGCCCAGAUCAAGCUGCUCCAGUCGGCCUGCAACAAUUACAGCAUUGCGCCUGAGGAGCACUUUGGGGCCUGGUUCCGGGCCAUGGAGUGGCUCAGCGAGGCUGAGAGCUACAACCUGUCCUGUGAGCUGGAGCCCCCCUCUGAAUCAGCCAGCAACACGCUCAAGGCCAAGAAGAACACUGCCAUUGUUAAGCGCUGGAGCGACCGCCAGGCCCCCAGCACAGAGCUCAGUACAAGCGGCAGCUCCCACUCCAAGUCCUGUGACCAGCUCAGGUGUGGCCCCUACCUCAGCAGCGGGGACAUCGCUGAUGCACUCAGCGUCCACUCAGCUGGCUCCUCCAGCUCUGAUGUGGAGGAGAUCAACAUGAGCUUUGUCCCAGAGUCCCCCGAUGGCCAGGAAAAGAAGGGCCUGGGGCUUCUGCUGAUGGUGCCAUCCCCACAGUUCUGGGAGUCAGCCUCCCAGUCAUCCCCCGAGACCUCCGGCAUCAGCUCAGCCUCCAGCAGCACCUCCUCCUCGUCAGCCUCCACCACCCCCGUGGCCUCCACCCGUACCCACAAGCGCUCCGUCUCCGGGGUCUGCAGCUACAGCUCCUCGCUGCCCCUCUACAACCAGCAGGUGGGCGACUGCUGCAUCAUCCGUGUCAGCCUGGACGUGGACAACGGCAACAUGUACAAGAGCAUCCUGGUGACCAGCCAAGAUAAAGCUCCGGCCGUAAUCCGCAAGGCCAUGGACAAACACAACCUGGAUGAGGAUGAGCCAGAGGACUAUGAGCUGGUGCAGAUUAUUUCAGACGAUCGAAAACUGAAGAUCCCUGAAAACGCCAAUGUGUUUUACGCUAUGAACUCUACUGCCAACUAUGACUUUGUCCUAAAGAAACGGACCUUCACCAAGGGGGCAAAGGUCAGGCAUGGAGCCAGCUCAACCCUGCCUCGCAUGAAGCAGAAGGGACUCAAGAUUGCCAAAGGCAUCUUCUAAUUGGUCCCUAGCGCUGGCCAGCCACAGGACUACCCUUUCAGGGUUUGGCUAGCCAUGCAACUCAGCACUUACGGACUACAGUGGCCCAGGCCACGUGGGCAUCGUCUGCCCAACCUGCCAGCCCAGGCCACCCCCAGACUCCAGCUUCACCCUGAACCUCUCCUGCUGCCGGGAUUGACGCCUGCCAGUCGACAGGCUGACCUGGCCUCCUGUGGACCACUCGCUGCCUUAGGUGCCUUCUGCUCUCUGGAACCAGAGGACUAGCUGACUUGCCAAGGAGCGCUGCCAAUGGACACAGAGCCCUGCCGGGCGCUGCCGUCUGUACACCUCUCUCACACCUUCCCAGGUGUGGGUCACUGCCACCUGUGCCAUGGGCAUCCCAGGGCACCCACCCAUCCACCAGGUCUGACCACUGCAGUUCUCUCCUCGUGCCCGCGGGCACCAGCCUGUGCGCUUCACAGGGGUUGCGACCCCUCCUCCCACCACCCUAGCCUUUCUCAGGCUGCACCAAAGAUUCCAUCAUCAGGGCCAACUGAGAGUGAGGGGGUCUCACCCACCCCCUACCCAGCCCUCCCGGGAGAGGAGAGAGAGACCCUCUUCACAGACCACUCUUCACCCGGUGAGUGAGGACGGUCUCAGCCGAGUCCCACUGAUGUUGAAUCUCGUGACACUUGAAGUGCCAUUCACUGCUGCAUCCUGGGCUUUACGAGACCACACGAGACGGGGGUUAGUGCGAAAGGAGGGUUUGGGGGGGGGGGGGGGGGUUGACUAUUUGUAUAAAAGGAGAAAAAAAAAAGUUUACCAGUUGGGGAGGGGCAAUAUUUAUUUGUUGUAAAUAGCAAAUGCUAGACUUGAAUAUUAUAUUAAAAUCCUGUUUCUACUAUAGCCUGGAAA